AGGCGGUGGUGUUAGAGUGUUGAGUGUUUUGAGGUGGGCUGCUCUGGCGGGGCUCACUGUCCUUUCUAAUGGAUUCUCUCCCUCUUCUCUAAGCCACACCAUUCCAAACCCUAAUCUCAAUUCCAUUUUCCGAUCUCCGAUGGCCAUCGCCGCCUCUCCAUCUCCGCCAACUUUCUCCCCUUCUGCUUCCUUCUGCUGCUCCAGGACUGACCCUUCCUGCUUCGCUCCAUUCCCCUCCAUUUCCCGCCCUUACCCUCUAACUCGGAGGAUUUUCAUCUCUUCCCGUCUCAACUCCUCCAUCUUCUCCGCUGCCGCCGGUGGUUUUGGUUCUUCGGACAACGGGGAUGUCCAGUAUGAGCUCCAGCAUGGAUUCUCUUUGGAGCGUCGGAAUACUGGCUCCGCGGUGUUCGUUACGCUUCCUCUUGAUGCCGUGUCUCCGGCUGGUCAGCUGCGGAGGAGGAAGGCAAUGUCGCAAUCCUUUAGGGCGCUUGCGGCGGCUGGAGUUGAAGGCGUCGUGAUUGAAGUUUGGUGGGGUUUGGUGGAGACGGAUGUGCCUUGUAGUUAUAAUUGGAAAGGGUAUUUGGAAAUUGUGGCUAUGGCUCGUCGGUACGGUCUUAAAGUCCGCGCUGUGUUUACUUUCAAUCAAAAUGGCAUGGGGCCGGACGAUCCUCACUGGAUUCCCCUUCCUAAAUGGGUACUUGAAGAAAUUAAUAAAGAUCCCGAUUUAGCAUAUUCUGACAGAUUUGGGAGGAGAAAUAUGGAAUAUAUUACUCUUGGAUGUGACACUCUUCCUGUUUUGCGGGGACGAUCACCUAUCCAAGCGUAUGCCGAUUUUAUGAGAAAUUUCAGAGACACUUUUAGGCCUUAUCUCGGAGCCAUUGUAACGGGAAUUCAAGUUGGAAUGGGUCCUGGUGGUGAACUAAGAUAUCCUUCUUCCCCUUCCCAGAAGUUAGCAUGGGCAUGGCGCUCUCGUGAGCUUGGAGAAUUUCAGUGUUACGAUAAGUAUAUGCUUGCCUCUCUGAAUGCUUGUGCUCAAAAUGUUGGGAUGCGUGAAUGGGGAAAUGGAGGACCAAUUGGUGCUAGUAAUUUGAUGAACAAUCCCGAACAAUCGGAGUUUUUUAGAGGCGAUGACGGUUCUUGGAAUACGCCUUAUGGGGAGUUUUUUCUCAGAUGGUACUCCGAAAUGCUGCUACUACAUGGGGAGAGACUAUGCAAGGAAGCUGAAACCAUUUUCAGAGGCAUUGAAGUAAAUUUGUCAGCUAAAUUAGCUGGGAUUCACUGGCACUAUGGAACAAAAUCUCACCCAUCAGAGUUAACAGCUGGGUACUACAAUACUUCAAUCCGAGAUGGGUAUCUCCCAAUUGCUCGCAUGUUUGGUAGGUACAGGUUCACUAUCUGUUGUUCAUGCUUUGAAAUGAAGGAUGUGGCAGAGAAGCAGAUGAACCCUGUCAGUAGCCCUGAAGGGUUUCUCCGGCAGCUGCUGAUGGCUGCCCGGGUAUGCGACCUACCUUUGGAAGGUGAAAACUCCACAUUGGGACUCGAUGAUGACUCAUUUCAACAGGUUGUAAAGAUGUCAAGGGUUUACACAGAUGGAUUGGAGAAGCCCUCAUUUUCUUUCAAUUUUGUGAGGAUGGACAAGAACAUGUUCGAGUAUAGUAACUGGGUUCGAUUUACUCGUUUUGUGAGGCAGAUGUCUGAUGCCAAGCUUUUUCGAGCCAAGCUAGAUCCUGGAAGCAACAGAGGCCUCUCUUCUGCAACAGAUAUUACUACUUCGAGAUUGGCUCUUGUAUAUCAUUGAAGAUAAUGUCACACAAAUGCAAAUCAUUCAAAAGAAUUACACAAUGGUUCUUCCGAUGUAUGCAUGUAUUGUAGUAAGGUAUAACAAUUGAUCAGUCACAUAUAUAUAAAUUCAUGUAGAUUGGUUUCACCA